AUGUUCGGAAAGAGAACUAAGUCCGCCGCCUCGCUGCGACAGACAUUUCGAGAUCAAUCCGUCCCACCCGUUCCUAAGCUCCCAGAAAAGUACGCAAACGCUGCUGCGCCAAUCAGUGGUAUUACGAGAACGGCAGCUUCAAAUAUGGCUACAACUAAUCUGCCUCCUUGGGAUCGUGAGAUCGACAUCACUUUUUCCAAGAAUCCGGUGUUCGACCAUCAAGAGGGCAUCAGCAAAAUGAGCGCCCUGAACUCGAUCCGCCUAAAGAUCGCGGCUAUCGUCAUUCAUGAUGCGAUGAAGGGCAACCGCGCAUUGGACGCACAGGUAGUCGUGGACUUUUCGGCGGCAUACAGCAAAGCUCGCAAAGAUCCCCAGGACGAUGUAUUCCUCGAGGCGAUUGCGAGCCUACAUCGGCAACGCGACGAAGCUACUGGCCACAACAAGAUAUGUGCACUAUUCAAGCUGCCUGAGGCCAUUCGGCGCAUGAUCUGGAGCUAUGUUAUGGUUAAUGAGUCCAGCGAUCCUCACAAAGCAGUUCGGCUUCAGGUCUUCUCUUUCUUCAAGGAUACGUGGUUGCCUGCAAACUUUCAGAACACCAAUGUUCUCUUUAAGACUUCCCGAACUGCAUUGUCUACCUGCGUCACCAUGCGAACAGAGAUACUCGCUCAUGCAUUCACAACCCAUUGGUUUCAUUUCAUCUUCUCGCCCUACAUCAAAGAGAUGGUGUGCCCACAAACAUUCUAUAGCAUCGACAACUACAGCCAUCUCAUGCAGAACAUCACGAUUGAGCUCGAUCUCAGCAAACUUGGAUUUGAGGAUUAUGUCUACAAGCCGUACUGUCCGCCUGAGGCUGAUUGGUCAUCUGCCCAGCCUCUCACUGAGCUCAAAGGACGCGUCAACAAACUUCGCAUCGUGGGCUUCAAUGGCGCGACCGGACAGAAACUAAUCGCCGCUCUGUUCCCGAAUGUCGACUGCGAGCGAAGUGAUGUCCUCUGGUACCACGGUGCCCGCGCUGGCAUAUCGAAGGUCUGGCCGUUCUUACCUGGUCAAGCCUCGAUUCAUCGCGAUGCGACAUAUCCAAGCAAAGAAGCCCAGUCGCCGCAAUCUAGCACCUCAAAGACAGCUCUACAGGCUUCAGAGAAUACCGACUCUGAUUCUCGAAUGGGAAAAGUGAAAGAUGCACUUGGAGAGCAGAAGGGUCGGAGCUUCACACUGGACAAUGAGGCGGACCUGACACAAAAGUACCAGGAGCGACGACAAAGAAACCGAGAAUUGAGUGCGAAGCCGGACGAUGAGAUGACUCCAUUCAUGAAGAGUGAGGCCCUUAUGCCUCUCAACUCGGGUAUGGCACGUUUCGGGAGCAGAAAGCAGACACAUCGAAGGUCAAAAGCUAGAAUUGAGGACGAAGGAACCCUGCUUCUACCUAAGGGAAAGGACUCGGGGAAGGAGGUGACACAUAAGGAGGUGACACCGAGGAGAUCGCUGUCUGAUGGGUUCAUUCUCACCUUGCGAAGACAGGCAAGCAAGGCAAGUCUUACCGCCGUGACGCAUAUGAAUGUCAAGGACAACGUUCUAGAAGGCUCUUAUUUGCAGGUGGAGGACACCAGCGGCGAAGGCUCUUCUGUGCGAUCGACUAUGGGUAUAUCUAAGGCACCCAUGAGGGUUGAUGGAUCUGCCGAGACGGAUGAUGGCACCGCUGCGGACGAUUCGAAACGGUCGAGCGAGGUGAGCCAGACCAGUCUACACAGCAAGCGUAGCUUCCGAUGGAGUGAGGAAAAGGCCAGGGAGAUACUCCGGGUCAGUAAGGGUAGUCUGCGAAGCUUCAAAACCGCAGGCAAGUCGAAGAGCAUGCCAGUCAGUGAGUCAAGUCCUCGUGAGCCCGAAGAGCCGAUAGUGGUCCAAAAGAGGGCGAGCGCCAAGGAGCUCCGCAAAAAGAAAAGCUUUGUUGACUUUCUGUGGGGUUCGUCACGCACUGGAGUCAGCGGUCGCGGUAAGUAG